CCCUUCUGUUCUGCAAUGGCGGAGGCAACACAAGCAGUCCCAAACAAGAACAGACAUGCAGUUGUUACAGGGUCAAACAAAGGAAUAGGGUUUGAAAUAUGUAGGCAGUUGGCUUGUAAUGGGGUCCUGGUGGUUUUAACAGCCAGAGACGAGAAGAAGGGACUUGAGGCUGUUGAGAAACUCAAAGGGUGUGGCCUUUCUGAUCAUGUCUUCUUCCAUCAGCUUGGUGUGGUGGACCCAUCUAGUAUUGCUUCCCUUGUUGAUUUCAUCAAGACCAAAUUUGGAAGACUUGAUAUUUUGGUGAACAAUGCUGGGAUUGCGGGACACAUCAUGGACUGGGAAGUUUUCCAGUCAGUGAUGGCUAAGGGAGGAGCACUGACCCAUGACAACUUAGCCGGAGCGAUGACUCAGACUUAUGAGAUGGCUAAAGACUGCUUGCAAACAAACUACUACGGUGCAAAGAGGAUGAUCGAAGCAUUUAUCCCCCUCCUGAAGCUAUCUGUUUCGCCGAGGAUCGUCAAUGUUUCUUCUGGAUUAGGGCAGUUACAGAACAUUCCAGGCAAGUGGGUUAGAACAGUGUUGAAUGAUGUGGAAAGCCUUACAGAAGAGAGGAUAGACGAGCUGAUAAAUGAUGAGUUCCUGCAAGAUUUCAAAGCAGGAUCACUGGAGACUAGAGGCUGGCCUGUCGUCUUCUCGGCCUACAAAAUGUCCAAAGCUACCAUGAACGCCUACACGAGAAUCCUCGCAAAGAAGAACCCGGGUUUUCUGAUCAACUGCGUCUGCCCCGGUUAUGUCAAAACCGAGAUUAACGGAAAUACCGGCCAUCGGAGUGUAGAAGAAGGUGCUGAAUGUCUGGUGAAGCUCGCCCUCCUGCCCGAUGAUGGCCCCACUAGCCUUUUCUUCUCCAUGGGUGAAGUCUCAUCCUUUUAAUGAUGAGCUUACGACAGUGGUAUCAUUCAGUCAUCUUUAGCGGGCUGAUCGGGUGGGCAACCCGUAAUGUCCCAUAAAUAAAACGUUUCCUGAAUCGCUUGUGCCUGGGUUGAGAUUCUGUAAGUUUUAGUAAUGUAUUGAUACUUUACCAAUUAAUGUGUUAUAUAUAUAUAUAUAUAUAUGGGGUUAGGAUUGA